GUUCCAAUAAGGAAUUAGUCAGUGGUCGGGUUGCUCUGAUCCGGCUGGUGGUCGCUGGCGAAAGGCUUGAGUCCGGACUCCAAGUACAGGUCCCGGGAUCUUUCAGGCCAGGAUGGCUAAUAAAAAGUGCGCUCGAUGUCAAAAGACAGUCUAUCCGAUCGAGGAGCUCAAAUGUCUCGACAAGAUUUGGCACAAGCAGUGCUUCAAGUGCCAAGAGUGCGGUAUGGUCUUGAGCAUGAACACCUAUAAAGGCCUGAACAGACUGCCCUACUGUAACGCUCACGUACCCCACGCCACGUAUACCACCGUUCUUGACACGCCGGAAGCGAGGCGGCUGGCUGAGAACACUAAAUUGCAAAGUAACAUCAGGUAUCAUGAAGAUUACGAGAAGUCGAAGGGACGAGUCUCAAACUCACUGACGAACGAUCAAGACUUCCGGAAGCAGCUCGACAAUAGCAUCCUGAGCCUAUCGGAUCCCUUCGGCGACUCGGAGAAAUUCCGCACAGCCCCGUCAGAAAACGUUGAGAGUUUCUACGAGCCCCUCAGUGGUCGUGGCGGUCUGAAGCUCUACGAUCUAUAUGGAAAACAAAAUACGCCGUCGAUUCCGAAGUACCAGACCGACGACAGUGUCCUCUCUUUCGGACCGAAAUUCAACGCAAGUUCUCUGGGCGAUUAUGAAAUAUACAGUCCGAUGGACACGCUGCGCCGGACGAAGUCUUGCAAAGCUCCCUCAAGAAACCUCAGCCAACAGCAGCAACCUCAGCAGAAUGGAUACGCUCCUCAGUAUCAACCCUCGCAAGUUUCACCUCAGUACCAAUCCUUCAACGAGUCCCCCUCGCGUGCGCCAAUGCAACGGCAAUCCUCGCAAAAUAAUAUGCAAGACGCUCAAGCUUCUCAGCUCCCCUUCGAGGACGACUCCAUGCCGAAACCUGGCCAGAGUCAGUUCGCAGCUGCGCUGAACGCUUUGAAACGGAACGCUCCUCCGCAAUCUUUUGGUUUCGGCAACUCACAAGAUCCAUCGCAGAAACUGGAACAAGAGGCCUCUCAAUCGGUUCAGCAGCGGAGCUCGCCCCGUCCCCAACAACAGAAGCCCCUAAGCCCUGCGGUCCAGACGAGCCAACCGUCGAUAGAUCAGACUUUCUCUCAGCCGACCUUCAGCUCGACAGCAUUUCAGCAGAGACCUCAACACCAGAAUUAUUCCUACCAACAGCAGCAGCAACAACACGACCAACUCCUUCGGCAACAGCGACAGCGAGAGCAGCAGCAACAGCAACAACACCAACAGCAGCAACAGCGACAGAGAGAACAGCUGUUCGAUCAUCAGAGACAACAAGAGCAACUCCUCCAGCAGCAGAGACAACAGGAGCAACUCCUCCAGCAGCAGAGACAACAAGAGCAACUCCUCCAGCAGCAGAGACAACAGGAGCAACUCCUCCAGCAGCAGAGACAACAGGAGCAACUCCUCCAGCAGCAGCGCCUCCAGCAACAACAGCAAAAUCCACAUGCAUACUACCAGAGGCAAUCAUCUCAACAGCAUCAGCAACAGCAGACACGCGAGAGUCCGCAACAGUCCAUCUCAGCAACGAAGUUUCGGCCGUCGCCUCAACACGGCCUAUGCUACAUAGCUCUGUACGACUACAUGGCGGGAGACAUCGACGAAGUCACAUUUUGUGAAGGCGAUGUGAUCGUUAACGGCGAUCCGAUUGAGGGCGGUUGGAUGAUUGGCACCGUGCUCCGUAACGGCCAGCGAGGAAUGCUGCCCGCAAACUACGUCGAAACAGUCUAG